GACACUAUCAAAGAAAAGAUUGGAUGUUAUGAUAAUAUUUUGGAACCCAUGGUUGAUGAUUAUCAAUUUGAAGAAAGUUGGAAUGAUGUACAAGACAACAAUACCAAGGAAGAAGCUCUAAAUGAGAAUAUAAGACGAUCUACUCGAGCCCGUAGAGCUCCAAA